AUGUCGCAGUCUUAUCCUCAGCCCGGCGUCCCGGGACAGGAUGGAUAUGGCCAAGCACCACUUGCAGGGCAACCCGUCGAAAGCUACCAGACAACAGCCGCACCCGGGGUGCCGUCUGCGCCAACGCCAACCGCAGGACAUCCUGCUGGAGGCCGGAAGAAGCGUGCAUAUGCUGGACAGGCGUAUGAGUUCGGCGCUGGAGCCAAUGCUGCCCUGGGAGGUCAGGAACAAGCGGGUGGUGCAUACUCUGCAUACUCUGCGCAACAAGACGCAGCUGGUUAUCCUCAGGGAGGGUAUCAACAGAAUCCUGCCGCAGUCCAACAAAGCGCAACGCCUCUGUAUCCUGGUCAGGAGCCGGCGACAUUGGGUGGUUAUCAACCUCCGGCCCCAGGAUACCCUGCAGGUGGCGUACCCAGCUUGACGCAGCAAUUCGGUCAAGUCGACAUCAAUCAAAAGCCUCCUGUCGCCGCAGCCCCCCAGCAACAGCAGCGAGCUCCGGUAUUGAACCAGCUGUACCCUACAGACUUGUCGAACCAGCCUCUCAAUGUUGCGGAGCUGGACUACCCACCUCCUCCAGCUAUUCUUCCGCCCAACACAAGUGUGACCCCUUCACCCUAUGCCAACUGUCCGCCGAAGUACGUUCGGUCGACUUUGAAUGCCGUCCCCACAACGCAUUCUCUCCUCAAAAAGUCUAAAUUGCCGUUCGCUCUCGUUAUACAACCGUAUACCUCUUUACACGACGUGGAAGAUCCUGUGCCAAUUGUGCCGGACCAAGUCAUAUCUCGUUGCAGACGUUGUCGAUCAUAUAUCAACCCCUUUGUGACAUUCCUAGACCAUGGCCAUCGAUGGCGAUGUAACAUGUGCAAUCUCACCAACGAUGUGCCUCAAGCCUUUGACUGGGAUGCGGCAGCUCAAAAAAGCCUCGACAGAUGGCAAAGACCUGACCUGAACCAUGCUGUCGUCGAAUACAUCGCCCCUCAGGAAUACAUGGUCCGCCCCCCUCAGCCGCUUGUCUACCUCUUCCUGUUGGAUGUGAGCUACGCUGCGGUGACUAGCGGCCUCCUGGCGACGACUGCUAGAUGCAUUCGAGAGAGUUUGGACCGAAUUCCGAACGCCGAUCGGCGAACAAGACUCGGAUUUAUUGCCGUGGAUUCAAGCCUUCACUUCUUCAACAUUCCUCGUGAUGGGACCGAGAAUGCCCAGACCACUAUGCUUGUUGUCAGUGACCUUGAGGAUGCGUUCUUGCCCACACCGGCCGAUUUGCUCGUCACUCUCUCAGAAUGCCGGGAAAACAUCGAGAACUUCCUGGACAAGCUUCAGGAAAUGUUUCAAAAUACGCAGAACGGUGCUUCGGCAAUGGGUUCGGCGCUUCGAGCAGGUCAUAAGCUCAUAGGACCCGUUGGUGGAAAGAUGACCGUGGUGACGGCUUCGCUCCCCAACAUUGGGCAGGGCAAGCUUGAUAUGCGCGAGGACAAGAAGCUGUUGGGCACAUCUAAGGAAAGUAGCUUGUUGCAGACCGCAAACAGCUUCUACAAGAGUUUUGCGGUCGAAUGCUCGAAGCAGCAGAUCUCGGUUGACAUGUUUCUAUUCUCGUCACAGUAUCAGGAUGUCGCUUCACUAAGCAAUCUUCCUAGAUAUACCGGUGGGCAGACCUACUUCUAUCCAGGUUGGAAUGCUGCUCGUGAGGAGGACGCCAUCAAAUUUGCGAAAGAAUUCUCGGAUUAUUUGUCGUCCGAGAUUGGACUUGAGGCAGUUCUCCGUGUCAGAGCGACCACUGGGUUGAGGAUGAGCACGUUUUACGGCAACUUCUUUAACCGCAGCUCCGAUCUCUGUGCGUUCCCGGCAUUUCCCAGAGACCAAAGCUACGUGGUGGAAGUGGCAAUUGACGAAACUAUCACCAAGCCAGUGGUCUGCAUGCAGACCGCUGUCUUGCACACAACCUGCAACGGCGAACGACGUAUUCGAGUGAUGACUUUGGCCCUCCCAACCACGCAACAGCUGGCCGACAUCUACGCGUCUGCGGACCAACAAGCUAUCACGGCAUAUUUCAGUCACAAAGCUGUGGAACGAGUCCUAAGCGGCGGACUUGACAGCGCACGUGACAUGAUACAGAGCAAAGUAGUGGAACUCCUGGCCACCUACAAGAAAGAGCUUGCUGGCGGUAGCAUGGGUGGAGGUGGACUACAGUUCCCAGCCAACCUGCGUGCGCUUCCUGUCUUGUUCCUUGCUUUGACCAAGCACUUGGGCCUGAGGAGAUCGUCUCAAAUCCCCAGUGACAUGAGGUCGGCAGCCUUAUGUCUGCUGUCAACACUGCCCUUGCCUCUGCUGAUCCAGUACCUGUACCCAAAGAUGUUCUCUCUGCACGACAUGCCGGAUGAUGCAGGAACCGUGGAUGAGAAGACAGGCGAGAUUAUUCUUCCGCCUCCACUCAAUAUGUCGUCUGAGCGGAUUGUACCAUAUGGACUCUAUUUGAUUGACGACGGCCAGACGCAGUUCCUCUGGGUGGGCCGUGAUGCUGUUCCACAGCUGGUCAUGGACGUCUUCGGGCUGCCGGACAAGAGCCAGCUGAAGGUUGGAAAACAGCGGUUGCCCGAGCUGGACAAUGAUUUUAGCGAGAGAGUUAGAGCGGUCGUCUCCAAAAGCCGUGAUCACAGGUCAAAAGGGGUGGGAAGUAUUGUCGUGCCUCAUCUCUAUGUGGUAAAAGAGGACGGUGAACCAGGAUUAAGAUUGUGGGCACAGACGAUGCUUGUGGAAGACAGGGCAGACCAAGGGGUCAGCCUUCAACAGUGGAUGGGGAUGUUGCGCGAAAAGGUACAGUAA